AUGUUGGAAGACGAAGCCUCAUCAGCAUUUACCAGAGUGGUCAAGAAACCAAAAGUGUCAAAAGGCAAGACAAGUGCAGUCAAACCGUACGUCUGCAAUCAGCCCGGAUGCUUCAAGAGCUUCAGUCAACUCGGAUACUUGCAGGCCCACCUGUACACUCACUCAGAAGGCCCACUCUACCAGUGCAGAUGGAACAACCAGUGUGGCAGGCGCUUCUCAGACCUCGGUAACUUGAAGAAGCACAUGCUGACUCACACUGGAGAGAGACCCUACAGUUGCGACUGGCCUGGAUGUGGCAAGAGCUUUUCUCAGGUAGGAAAUCUGAACACACACAAGCACACCCACACGGGUAAGCGACCCUACAAGUGCACACUGUGUCCUAAAGCUUACAACCAGUCCACCGCUCUUAAACGUCACGUCAGGUCCCACACCGGAGAAAAGCCCUUCAGUUGUGUGCACUGCUGUAAACGGUUCAGCAACUCCUCGCAUCUUAAGGCGCAUCUAAGGGUACACACAGGAGAGCGACCCUACACCUGCGUUACAUGUGGCAAGAAGUUCUCACAACACUCCGGACUUCAUGGUCACCUCAAGACCCACAUCCGACCUGAGCCUCUUGCAGCUAUCUCUGUGGCGGCGCAGCACCUGAUGAAUAUGAACAGCAGCAAACUGUGUACUACUAUCCACAGUUACAUCGUUAGCAUGAGCCUUAUGGCCAUGUUCAUAGCUGCUGGCGAUCUUCAUGACUCAACAAAAAAACUUUAG